UUACGACUCUGUGUGGUAUCUUGACAAGACAGCUGCUCUAUAGCUCCCAGAAUGAAUCCUCUGCGCAUCUUGUGCCUGAUGGGCUGCCUUGUGGCCGCCUCUAUGGCGUCUCCCUCCUGGCAACAGCAGCGCGGCAGCAACUCGCUCCAAGGCUAUCAGGAUCCCAGCAACUGGGUGAGCUCCAACGACAUCGAACAGUUGCCUUCUCUCAACGAGGUGACGUUGAAGCGCGUGGAACAAAUGAGCGUGGAGGAAGGUGCCACCAUGCUGAACCAGCUCUACCAUUUGGCCCAGGUGAAUGGUGCCCUCAAGCCCACAUAUGUGCCCGAGCCUAGCCAGGUUCAGGGCUACAUUGUCACCCCCCGCGGCGAAAAGAUCGAAUUCAAUCUGAACAACUUUGUGCAGACCGUGCGCCGUCUGCCCAACUUUGGCAACGAGGAGGUCACCAUUUUCAUCACCGGUCUGCCACAGAGCAUCAGCUACAUGGGCAAGGCCACUCGCAAGCUGGUCCAGGCAUACAUCCAACGCUACAACCUCCAGUCGUACCGCAGCCAAUACCAGUAUGGCGAGCAGGACAACGACAACGACAGCGAGGAGCAGCAACAGCUGCAGGGUCGUAGCAAGCAGAACGGUGACAACAACAACGAGAACGAGACCACCGGCGAUCUUGUGGUGAUCAAUUUGGGCGACGCCAUCGAGAACUUUGAGCAAUACACCACCUUCAAUGUGGAGCGCUUCGGUGCCCUUCUCGGCCAGCAAUUGGUGCGUUUGACCGACGAGGCCAAUGUGCCACAGGAGAUCAUUCAUUUGAUCGGUCAAGGCUUGGGUGCUCAUGUUGCUGGCGUCGCUGGUCGUCAGUACACACGUCAGACUGGCCACAAGCUGCGUCGCAUCACUGGUCUGGACCCUGCCCGUCUCUAUGCCAAGGCCGAGAGCAAACUGAGCGGCUUGGCCCGCGGUGAUGCUGACUUUGUUGACGCCAUCCACACAUCUGCCUAUGGCAUGGGUAGUCCCGAGCGCGUCGGCGAUGUUGACUUCUAUCCCAAUGGACCUGCUGCUGGUGUUCCCGGUGCUGACAAUGUUGUUGAGGCUUCGCUGCGUGCCACCCGCUACUACGCCGAGUCUGUCCGUCCUGGCAAUGAGCGCAAUUUCCCCGCUGUUGCCGCCACUUCCUACCAGGAAUACAAGCAGAACAAUGGCUAUGGCAAGCGCGCCUACAUGGGCAUCGCCGCCAGCUACGACAUCGAGGGCGACUACAUCCUCCAGGUCAACCCCAAGAGCCCCUUCGGACGCAACACGCCCGCUCAGCCCCAGAAUGGUUUCCACGCCAUCCAUGGUUCCUGGAAGCAGCAGCAACAAAACCAACAGCGCCUCAACUAAACACCAGUCGUCAUCCACCCGAACUGCCGGACCCAAUCCAAUCCAAUCCAACCCAACCUAACCACAACCACAAGCAUAAGCAUAAAUGCAUUUCCUUCCUCAUCGGUUAUAAAUUAGUUACGCUUAGUUCGAAAUAAAAAUUGCAUUUAAUUUAAAAACGAAAA